UCCUCACUCGCUUUCUCACUCUGGUGCUCACUCUCUCCACUUUACAUCCACGCCUGAGCCUCGGACGCGCCGCCACACUUGGAUCAACACCCGUAGUCAUCUCCACACCAAAAAAAACAGAAAACAACACUGCAGCAAGAAAAGCCACUUUAUGUCGCUCACAUCUCCACAUCCACUGUGAAGGAAUGCCUACUUUUGUGUGAAACCGCCGACUACAGGAGGGGGGGGGGGAAGGGAAAAAGAAAAGGAGCGCUCCGGCUACCCGACCCCAGACCCAGAGAGCAGCAGAUGUGACAGAAGAGCCGAGGCGGAGAGGGAGAAACUCAAUCCCACCCCUCCUCAUCUGGGAGAACAAUACCCAGCCUGCAGUUGGAGAGGGUCAAGCUUUUGUCCCCACGCUGCCGCUUCAAGAGUGAGGAGCAGACAGACGCGCUGACACGUUGACCCGCCGCCGAGAAAGAAGAGGGGAAGACGGCGGAAAAAAAACAGCCGCUGCACUCUGCUCACUUUGAUUCAGGACUUGGACAGUUCCCGAGCAACAGCCGACCGCUGUCUGUCUGCGUGUCGCUUUCAUGAGUGAUUUGGUUUCGGAGACCAAGAACCGCAGAUGCAGCCGCCGUGUUCGCUCCAGCUCGGCCCCCGUGGCCCCUCGCCGUCCCCGGUAUCGCAGGGCGGCACGGGCAGCCUCCAGCAGCUGGAGGAGAAGCUGCUCUUUGAGAAGUUUUGGAAGGGGACUUUCAAGGCUGUGGCCACCCCGAGACCAGAGAGCGUCAUUGUGGCGAGCAUCACCGCCCGCCGGAGAGUGACCGACUCUGACACAACAACCUGCCAGCCGCUCAAGACUGAUGAGAGGAAGGCGGCGGACACGAGGGUGGACAAGUCGGACAGAAACGGCUGCAUCAAAGGACGUAAACACCACGGCAGCCACCGCAGGGCCAGGAGCCCCUCCUUUGACGAGGACCCUUACCCUCGACCGAAGGGGAAGAAGAAGAAGAAGAGAAAGUCUGAGCGGAAGAGGAAAAGGAAAAGGUCUCCUUCCCACAGCCUGUCGCCACUGAGGAAGAAGAAAAAGAAGAAGAAGAAGAGCUCCAAGAAGAGCAAACGGCAUCGGUAUACCUCCAAAAAAUCAAAACACAGCUCUUCAAGUUUAAAACAUAAGAGGAAGGAUGAGCGCAAGCACAAGAAAAGUUCACGGACUCACUCACGACGGAGGCGACGCUACCGGAGGUCAGAGUCGGACACUUCUUCCUGCCAAUCUUCCACAGAGGACAGACACCAUCUGCAAAAAUCUGUGGUGCAUCAGGCUUUAGGAGAGCUGGCAGCUGUGGGAGAGGAGACCAUCACCCACACCGACAUCAAGUGGAGACCUACAACCAAAUCAGUGUGUAAAACGGCUCCAAAAUAUCGCUCCAUCCUCUCAACCGGCACCAUUUUGUCAUCAAAACCUGGAAGCGAGCUUUUGCAUGGAAACGGGUCUCAGCAUUUAUCGAGCCACACCGAAGGGCCGCAUGAUUACGAUUCUGGGAAUGACACGUCUUCGCCGCCGUCGAGCAAAACCGGUGUUUCUCGGGCGAGUGUCACUGACAACAAGAGGAACCACUGUCAGCGUCUGGCCUCGCCAGAGAAGCUCAAGUUCACUGACAGAGACAAUGCCUCAGAUUCAGGAAACUCUGUCACCAGCUACGCUUCCCUGUGCAAACCUUACGUGGAGGACGGCUUGUCUGCAGCCCUUUUCAGCACAAAGAGAGAGCAGAUAACCUUGGGGUGUCGGAUAGAGGUGGUGAGAUCCCCAAAGACAUCCAGCUGUUCGCAGAGGAGGAGAGAGUCAUCUCGAAGGCGAUGGAAAGCCCGGUCAUCGAGCAGCAGGAGCAGGAGCAGAUCCUCAGGGAGUUCCAGAUACUCGGGACGCUACUCUCGAAGCCCCUCACUGUCAUCUUGCAGCUCGUACUCACGCUCGCUGAGUAAUUCAGCUGAUCUGAGGCGAAGAGGCAGCGUGGCCAGCCUGAGCUCCAGAGGAAGCUACUCCAGACACAGUCCUGACAGACUACGGGACAGAAAGCGAACAGGCAGCUCCAGAGAGACAGAUGUGAAGCACACACAUAAGGUUAGCGGCAAGAGACGAAGACGCAAAUCCUACUCUCCUAUGAAGAAAAGGAGGAGAGACUCGCCAAGCCAUCUGGAAGCACGCCGAAUCACAAGUGCCAGGAAGCGACCCAUCCCUUACUUCCGACCCAGCCCGUCCUCCAGCAGCCGGUCCACCAGCGUGUCGUCCUGGAGCAGCCUCUUCACCCGCAGUCGCAGUCGCAGCCCGAUCCACAGCAUCAACCGCAGCAGCAGGAGUCGCAGCCGCAGCCACAGCUACUCCACCUACAGGAGCUACAGCCGCAGUUCAUCCUGGAACUCAAUCUUUGGGACCCGCAGCCGCAGCCGGAGUCGCUGUUCGUUGAACAAACGCAACAAAACGAGGCAUUAGGUGUCUCAGAGAACAUUAUGGGGGCCGAAAAGGCAGCUGUGUUUCCAGCUGAGAGCGAGGACAGUGGAUGUUGGAGCAAUCGACUGUGUGCGCCUCCGAGCUUUGAUGCUUCAGUGGAAAUCCUCCCAGCGGUGGUCCGAGCACGUAUUUUGUUGAGGCAGUCUUGUUCACUCUGCCCACAGAGACCAGUGGAGACUGAAUGUCUUUAUGUUUGUUUGUUUGGUUCUUACACUGCAUCCUCUUGCAUCAGCAUUUACAAUGGCCUGAGACUGUUCAUCUCUAGAUAUCUACAACAGAAACUGCACAUGGGAAAGAAACACUAUUUCUGUCAUUAGUCAAUUUAAAUUCUUGUUCCGUAUGUUUCAUUUCAUAUGUGUGCACUUAAAUUAUUCUUGUAAAUGCUUUACAAUGUUUUAACAACUUAAUAUUUAUUUCAUAAUUGAUAGUACAUAAUGUGGCCUCAUCAGGGCUCCAAGAAGCAUUAAAAAAAGCCCAAUUCCCAUUUUUAUGUUGACUUGCAGUAUACAGUAUAUUUGGCCAUAUGCAAGUGCAGAUGCACCAGGUGAACAUUUCACCAAUGUUUAACAGGACAGCAGACAUUUACUGUCCUGUGUCAGGUCUCGCACCAUGAAAUGAAGUAUUGAGGUAACAUUUGAGCCGUUUGAUCCGAGUGUUUACAAAUGGCUUCACAGGGAUCGUUAUCAGGAAUAAGAAGGUUUAUUGCUCUGGUCUCAGCACUUCACAAGGCGGAGAACAAACAUGUUUCCUCAGCGAGGGUGGCCUGACGGCGAGCAAACUGCCUGUCAGCUCAAAUGUCAAAUUAAUUUAUCCUCUGAUCAAGUGGAAAACGAUUGAAAUGUCAGUCCAUGUAAUACAACAGAGAGCGAUUGAACCAUUCGGGGGGGUUGUUUGACAAAAUGUUCACACAGUCAGAGGAGCUUUUCUCCUUUACAGCUCAUGGCGAAUGAAACAUUUGAUGUAGUUUUUUGGGAGAUGGUAAUGAUAAUGAACUUUAUAUCUGCUUCACUGCUUCACUCUCUGAACCCCAGAAUUUACCAGCAGGUUUAAAGGCAUGUUGUUGGUUAAAAAAAUAGUCAAAAAUACACCAAUUAAUCAGAGCCAGAAACUAUAAAUAGAAAAGAAAUGUUGUAUUAUCAGCUGCAACUUCUCAUCUGUCAGAAGACUGAAGCAAAUCUUCUUUAAAAACACUUUAUUCCACGUGUGUCAGUUAAAUGUUUUCCAAAAAUAAACCAUUUGUUCUAACCAAAUUCUGUAAAAAGCUGAAAAUUCUGUGCUCUUCGGUGCAACUGCGAAGUCGUUACUGACUUAGCUGCAACCAACCAUCACCUGACAAAAAUUUAGGGAGUGUUCAGGUGAACUGGGAUGAACUACAGGCUGUGUUUACACGAAAUAGAUAGGAGAUAAGUACGGAAACAAAUUAAAAAUCAAAGUAGUAAAACCCUUCUGGUAUAUAGAGUCAUUAUUGUUUUACAGUAUUGGUAGAAAACUGUGAAAUAUUGGUGAGCACCUGGAAAAAUGUUGUUUUAAUUUUUUGUAAAAUAAGUAAUCAAAGAAUUUUUAAUUUUUUUUUCCAAAUGAUUUCUGGCAUUAUAACAGUGAUAUUGGUACGUCUAGCCAUGGCUGUGCUUUUUCCAUAGAGGUGCUGGACUUUAAUUUGCAGUGAAAAAUGAGCCCACUGUGAGGACAAAUGUGACAGUAGCAAAACACACUCAAACUACUGGAGGUCCAGGGGGUUAAAUUAACGUUUUGAGCUGUCUGUAGUUCUCUUACUGUAUGAAUGAGCCUCUGAUUUUUGUUAUUUGGUCAUUUUUAAAUUAAUCAGAGGAGGAAAAUGCUGUACCUCAUUUGGCUGCUGAAAAUACGUCUGAACUAAUGAAGAGCAUUGAUUCUCAGUUUACUUGAAUAAUAUUGUCUCGCUACAACACUGGAGCCAAAUCCAUAAUGCACCUGUGUUUGAAGGUCAAAUUUUGAAUUGUGCAGCACCGUGCAUAUUUAUUACUUAUUUAAUAUUUAUUGAUUUGUUGUCCCUCUCAGUAGUGGUCAGUCUUUCUAUGCAAUGCUGUCAAAAUUAUAGUUUUUAUGACACUGCUGUAAGUUAUUUUUGGUUUGUUGUGAAUUAUACUUUGUUUUUUUUGCUGUCUGACUCACAUAUGAACCUCAAAGCUAAAGUUUGAACGACAAAGGAGCAAAAAGUGGAACUGCAGAAAAGCUGCUUCCCCGUCUGAUGUUUUGGGUGCUUUUUAUAAGCGCAAAUCUAACAUUUACUUUGUUGAUUUCUUGCUUUUUUAAAAAUCAGUAGUUAGUAGAAAAGAUCAAUACCACUUUCCUUUUUCCAAAUGUGAAACUAUAAGUAGGAGAUGGUUAGCUUAGCAUAAAGACUGGAAACAGAGGGAAAGAGCUAGCCUGGCUCCAUCAGAAGGGAACAAUAUCCAACUACUAGCAUCUUACUAGCAAGUAACUCAUAUCUUAUUCCAUAAUUUGUCCAAAAACUGAAGUGUAAGAGCAAGCUGUGGUUUCAAGUAACUUUGUGUGCCCCAAAGUCAUCGCACCAUUUGAGAAACAUUUCAAUUUUCUGGUUCUGGUUGGUGGAUUUUGUGGCCUUUGGAUAGAGUGCAGAAGUUCUUUCUUGCUAAGAUAAGUUUUUUAAAAAAGUAGUUACACCGUUCCUUCCCAAGUUAUUUUCGAGGCUGCUCCAACUCCCGAGUUUGAAUCUGCACAGUCUGAACCUGCCUUUGCUUUAAAGUAAGAGUUAUAUCUCUCAAUCAUUUCAAAUCUAUCAUCCUGCCUGUGUUACUGCUCCGGGCCUGACAGACUGCUCUCUAUGCACUCAAUACUCUCAGCUUAUUUCCUUGAAUGUCUAUUAAAUUGGACGAAUGAGGGAAAUCUAACGCUGGGGAAAAAAGGAAAGAACUUGGCACAGAAGUUACCCGUGAACUCCAAACUGAUGAUGACUUGAGUCCAGCAGCGUUGACGAGGUGCCAGCAGGAGAUUUGUGCAGUCGUGUUGAUCGACUUUCUAGAUUGGCUCGCAGGGCCAUGGCCCCCAUCUCACAAUGUAAAGUUUACAUCAGUUCUCGUGCAAAAUGACUUUGAAUAUGUAAGUACUGUGGUGUAAAUAUGCAUCUGCAUUGUAUAAAAUGACUCAAAAGUUGAUUAUCUGAAUUACAGAAUGUGACUGGGGCCUUGUUGGAUGUUAAAAUGUUAAAGACAAAGAUGCUUUGGCCAGUGAAAAAGGAAAAGAAGACAAAUAUGCCGGUUUGGCUUCAAUCAACGGAGUCUAGAUGUCUUUGUGCUUAAGGUCCCUCUGAUCAUGUCUUUUGUUCUUUUCAAAAUUCCAAUAACAAGGUCAUAUAGCAAUAGUGAUCCAGUGUUUGUGUGUUAAAUCAUGCAUUUCCAUAUGAAACGAGCAUAUUGCAAAAUCUUUUUCACACUGUCACCUUUUAUCUCGUGUCAGCGAGAGCUCCACAUUGUGAUGACGUGUCACCUAGAAAUUGAAUCGGUCCCAUCUUACCCCAUGAAAUCAACUUUCCCUUCCACUGUGUGUUCAGAAUAAGCUACAUAAAACCAUGUUCUGAUGGAAGCGCC